AUGGUUUUCAAGCCCUUCAAACCCCCUCUGAUUAGGAAAGCAGAUUCAUCAGUACAAGCAGACGACGUGACUGAUCCCCCGGCAAAGAAAGUCCGAUUGUCGAAGGAGGAGGUGCAGAGUGAAUAUUUGUUGCCGACGAGAUCAUCCCCAAGGAGCCGCAAGCCACUUUCACAAGUCAAAAAUGUGGGCCAAGAAGACUCAAGCAGAGCGACGACUCAGUCGGCACCUCACGAUGAUGCCGUCUUCGAGAGGUUUUUCAAUGCUCUGUGGCGAAAACCAACCGCAAAGAAGAACAAAACGUGGGAUGGGGACGGAAUAAUCGCCGUGCGGGGAGGCUUCUUACAUUUACGCGAUAUUGGAGGUAAAGACAUGGGACGAGUGGCAUACGAAGCGGAACUUGAACCUGGAAAAAUGCUCUACAUUGCCGGCAAAGAGGUCGAGAUAGACUCCGAGAUUCCACGAGGGGAAUAUCUAGCAUCCAAAAAAGGCUCAAUUGAUCCAAAGCCCGCCGUCGCUCCAACAAAACCCCCUGCGAAGACAUCCCUUCCAACGAUGACGAGGAACGAGCCGCAGAGACGAAUGUUGCCUACCGGACCGAGCUACACUUCUUCGCUCACCAAAGAUGGAGCAUCCACAGGCAAGCCCGCAAGGACACUGGGGGCGUACAAGACACCGCUUCUUCAGAAUGAUGUGAACUCUGCGUCAAGUUCUGGACCGGUGACUCCGAGACACGAUCCAUUCGCCAAAGGAGCCCUGGUUAUGCCCCGGCCCAAGACUGUGCCCCACGGCAAGCAGAUCGUUGACGUUGUUGUUGAUCCGCUGCUUACGAAGAGUUUACGACCACACCAGCGUGAAGGCGUGAAAUUUCUAUACGAGUGUGUGAUGGGCAUGCGAGACUUUAAUGGGGAAGGAGCCAUCCUAGCAGAUGACAUGGGGUUAGGCAAAACCCUGCAGACCAUCGCCCUGCUGUGGACAUUGCUCAAGCAGAAUCCCAUUUACGGAGAGGCGCCUGUUAUUAAAAAGGCACUGAUUGUGUGCCCUGUGACACUCAUCAACAAUUGGCGAAAGGAAUUUCGCAAAUGGCUCGGCAACGAGAGAAUUGGCGUAUUCGUUUUUGACGACAAGCGCAAACGUCUCACCGACUUCACGAAAGGAAGAGCUUACAGUAUCAUGAUUGUGGGCUAUGAGAAGCUGAGGACUGUGCAGGAAGGCUUGGCCAGGGGCGUUGGCGUCGACAUUGUUAUCGCAGAUGAAGGACAUCGCUUGAAAACGUUGCAGAACAAGAGCGGCCAGGCAAUCCAGUCGCUCAAUGCCGCGAAGAGAGUGAUCUUGUCUGGAACCCCCAUUCAGAAUGAUCUGAAGGAAUUCUUCGCGGCUGUUGAUUUGGUCAAUCCUGGUGUUCUGGGUAACUUCAAGUCUUUCAUUCGAGAGUUUGAAACUCCCAUUGUACGAAGUCGACAACCCGAGGCUACGAAGAAAGACAUUGAGAAAGGCGAGUCUCGGAGCGAGGACCUUCGAGAACUGACGUCCAAGUUCAUUCUUCGCAGGACGGCCGAUAUCUUGUCCAAGUAUCUCCCGCCCAAGUCUGAAUACGUCCUCUUCUGCAAACCGACCCGUACCCAGGUCAAUAUAUACAAAGCCGUGCUUCAAUCACCGGUUUUCCAAACCGCAAUGGGCAAUGCCGAAAGUGCGCUGCAACUGAUCACUAUAUUGAAGAAGCUGUGCAACAGUCCUUCACUCCUAUCCGCGACGAACACCGAUGACUCACCGAACGAAACAAUCAGCGCUCUAAUAUCCUCUCUUCCUCCAAAGCUUGCACGGCAAUUAUCUGCUUCUGCAAGCGCCAAGAUUCGCGUUUUAGAUCAGAUCCUCGACAGCUUGCGAUCAAAGACGUCCGAAAAGAUUGUUCUUGUAUCCAAUUACACAUCAACUUUGACACUCCUCGCAACCCUACUCACGUCUCUCGGUCUCCCGUUCCUUCGUUUAGACGGUAGUACUCCUGCACAAAAACGCCAGCCACUUGUUGAUGAUUUCAAUCGUCUUCCGGCAGAUGCUUGCUUUGCAUUUUUGCUGUCCGCAAAGGCAGGCGGCACCGGUCUGAAUCUCAUAGGCGCUAGCCGUCUGAUCCUCUUUGACGUGGACUGGAAUCCAGCCACUGAUAUUCAAGCGAUGGCUCGCAUACACCGCGAUGGACAGAAGAACCACUGUCGUAUAUAUCGUGUGGUUCUCAAGGGUAGCCUGGAGGAAAAGAUCUGGCAGCGCCAAGUGACCAAGUUGGGUCUUGCUGACAGUGUCAUGGAGCACAAGGAUAGCGUGUCGCAAUUCUCAACGGCUGAACUGCGCGAUCUGUUCCGCCUUGAUGAGGAAAGUGCCUGUCAAACACACGAUCUGUUGGGAUGUGAUUGCGGUGGCAAGGGCGUUGCACCCGUCCUGUCCGGCACCAUGACGCCCAAGGAAAAUGCCGACUCUGGGCUCUCGGACCUCAGCGACCCCCCGUCCGAUCAAGAAGAAGAAGAAGACAAAGAAGACGAUGACGAUGACGACGACAAGGGUCUACCGGAGUUCUCUUCACUCAUGAAAGCCUCAGAAGUGGACAUGGAGAAACAAGAGCGUGAAAUCCGCGAAAUGGCGCGUCGUGGAAGAAAGACCGGCGCGCACGGCAAGACCAAGACGAAGUCGCAAAAGGACAAGAUGCAUCAAUCUCUGGCGCAAUACUCUCAUGUUGAUCCCUCGCUGCUACUGGUUGGCGGCAAUGACGACGAUGUUGAUGAGAUUGCGGCCGCGAUCGAUGAUGAUAUUCUCGUUGAUUUGCUCAGGGACGAGUGUAAUCAGAUCGGCUAUAUCUUCAAGAAGACGAGUGGAGCUCAAGUUGAGAGUCCCGCGCCGGUUGUAGUAGAUGAUUAA